UCUCCCGUGGCUCUGUGUGCUCAGCACUACAACACUACAGUCUGUGACCAACAGUGAAAGGAGAGCCUUUAAUAGAAAAUGUCUCUCACCUCGCACACAGCAGCACACUCAAUCCCACCUCACACUCUGACCCAGCUGGCACGAGAGUGGCUGGCAGAGGACACGCCAAAUUUUGACCCGGCUGGAGUAUGUGUGGGGUCACAGCAGGUUGAGGCCAGGUUGCUAUGUAAAACACCACACAGCAUCCUGGCAGGGAGCCCCUUCUUCACAGCAGUGUUCACUGAGGUCGGCUGCACUGUGGACUGGAUUUUCCAGGACGGUGAUGAGAUCGGUCCAGAUGCCGUCACACUGACUGCUGUGGUGAGAGGCCCAGCAAGGUGUCUUCUCCUUGGCGAAAGGCCGGCUCUUAACUGCUUGUCCCGGGUCUCGGGGAUCGCCACCCGCUGCUCCCAGCUCCAGGCAGUGGCAACAGCGAGAGGAUGGCAUGGCGAAGUGGCUGGCACACGCAAGACCACCCCGGGUUUCCGUUUGCCGGAGAAGUACGCCAUGCUGGUUGGUGGUGUGUCCAUGCACAGACAUGACCUGAGUGGAAUGGUGAUGUUGAAGGACAAUCAUGUAUGGGCCUCAAGAAGUAUCACACAGGCUGUGAAAGCUGCCCGCUCAGUGUGUGGCUUCAGCAGUAAGAUUGAGGUGGAGUGCCACUCCGCUGAAGAGGGCAGAGAGGCGGCUGGAGCAGGAGCAAACAUUGUUAUGCUGGAUAAUAUACAACCUCAGGAGCUCCAUGUUGCAGCUCGAGCACUGAAGGAGAAGUUCCCAACUCUACUGAUAGAAGCGAGUGGAGGAGUGACUCCAGAGAACAUUGCUAUGUAUUUCUCCCCACAUGUGGACAUCAUUUCCCUGGGCUGUAUAACACAGGGCUGCCCUGUUGUUGACUUCUCUCUCAAGGUUCAAAAGCCUGUUAGUCACUCAAGCCUACAAGAACGAUGACCAUGACAGAUUGUAUGUACAGACAGUCUCUCACUAACUGAAUGAGAACAUGCUGGUGUAAUGGUGCUUGGUUAAGAAAUAACAGACAUACUGUUUGCUUUCUGUAUCAUUAGUCAUUUGAUAUGACUUAAAAAAAGAAUAGAAACCAGACUGUGCUUGCUUUGCUUGCAGUUCUUCAAAGACAUCAUAGUGGCACAUAAAGGAACAGCAGUCACAAGUUGAAACUAAUUUACAGAUAUACAGAAUAAAAAGGGGAUUUAAGGAAAAUCACAGUAAGCUGAAAUCACAAGUUGGCAUGCAACAUAUGAUAAGUUCCAGUAUGUAGAAGGAUUGAUUCACCCAAACAUUUGGGCGCAGCGGAUGUAAGCUGCAAAGACAUCAUAUCAUGUUCUAAAAUUGCUAAAUUUCUAACACAUUAGCAAACAGGUGCCUGUUUGUACAUUCACCAGACACAUAUCAUCAUUAACAUUGAUUUGGAGUCGUGUUUCUGGACACAUGGUAAAUAUAAGUCUCCUUUUCUCUCUGUUUUUGGCUACUAAGAACAGCAGAAAUAUCUGGCUCUUUAGUAGGUAUUGUUAAUGUUAUAACUUGACUGCAUUAUACUGAGAGGUGUUUUUCACUGCUCUCAGUAGUAAAUAUCUUAUUUUACACACUGAUCAUACAGUGUAUGAAAUAAGAUAUAUUGUCACUAAUUAUACAGAGAACAUAGAGAAGUUAAAAUUAGCUCCACCUUCACAGAAGUAACUGAGCGCACUCUCACUUCAACUUCAACACCCUG